AUGUCUACCUCUCAUUGUCUAUCCGCUACUCUAUUUUUGAAUCUAUUUCCACAAUUAUCCUCCCUAAGCUCAUAUAACCCAUUUUUAAGCAAUAUCCUCUCUAUCUUUCUUACCCUCUAUCAAUCUUACGGCACUUCUUCCCGUCUCUUGAUAUCAUCAACCCUUUCUUUUCUUGACACUGUUCUUUUCGUCUCUUAUCCCUCAAUUCUCUCUUAUUAUCUGCCCAACCUGAAUAGAUUCAGUCGUUUCCUCUCUUGCAACCAGUCAAUCUGCUCUUUUUAUGACACUGGCAUGCCAUUUCCUUUUGCCGCUGGUGGCUUCUUGGAUUUCGUUUUCCUCUCUCAAUAUCUGUUUUUCAUAUUUCUCACUAAAGUAAUCAGCACGGGGCUUCUUUUGCAGACCAAUUAUUUUCUUCAUCAUUUUUACGCUUUCUUUAUAUUCCGUCUCCCCCAUUCACUUAGGCGUUUCGUUUCUCUCUAUUUCCUGUCCUUUUUUCUCUUAACUCUGCUUUUCAGAUAUCAUUUAACUUUUUUUUUUCUUUUCUACGGACCUUUUUUCCAUUUCUAUCCCCCCCCCCUCUCUCUUUUUUUUACUCAAUUCAACUUAUUCCAAUGUGACUUCUUUUUUCUGUUUCGCAUUUUCCGUCCCAUUGCACAUCUCUCUUUCCCAGAUAUUUUAAUUUUUUCCCCAAACGUUAAUUUUUUUUCUCAACCACAAAUUCGAACGUUGGGUUGCACACCUUUUGCUAACAACCAAAUUCCAUCGCCUUGCAAAUUGUUCUUUUCUUUCACAGGCCAUUAUUUUUCACUUUUCAUUUUCCUAACUCUUUUUCCAUUUUUUUCUGUUAAUCUUCUUUCUGGGUCUCUUUCAGCACUGCAUAAAUUCUAUUCUUUCUUUUUCUGGCUCCUUUUUCUUUAA